AUGGUAGCCGCCGCUCUCAGAGUGCAGCUCAACACCCAUGUUGCCACCAUGUACGCCGAGGGUGUGGUGGACAAGGACACGUUCGAGGAGCUGCGGGAGAACGGCACCGCCGCUGAGGUCGUCCGCUUCUUCAUCAACAAUGCCUGCCAGAUCCUCGGCGACAUCCGCGCCCUGAUCGAGCAGCCUGCAGUGCACUUCAAUGAGGUGGAAGCCCUGCUGCAGCAGCUCAUGGAGUGCACCUCCAGACUGCCGACGAUGCCUCGACCAUCGGCAGUAGCUCCACUAGACGAGCGUCGCCUACGUCGCCGCAGCCUCCAAGAUGAAGCUGACCAGAAUGCAUGUGUUGACACCGAACAGCCGCCACUUCCACCGCCACUUGAGCAGCCCCCGAGCAACGCCUUCAGGAAGGAGCAUGGCACCGCGGUGUCGUCGUCGCAUGGAACAGGGGGUUCUGAGGUUUUCACCUGA